AUGGAUCCGCUCACCAUAUUCACAAGCGUUUUGGCAGUGGGGGGCUUUACUCUCAAAGCAUGUACGGACCUCCUCGUACUCGUCCGGGGCUUAAAGAGCCAGCAUAAAGAUGCCAGAGCGCUCAAGUCAGAGCUUAGCGAUUUAAUUGGGGUCUUGAAUGCACUUCUUGCGACUGUUUCUGACCAUCCAAACAUCGACUUGGAAUCACUAAAACGUCCUCUUCAACGCUGCGGUAAAGCGUGUGAAGAGUAUGGCGAGAUCAUCAAACGAUGUACGAAACAUUCGAACGACUCGCGUCCAAGCCUCCGGGAUUGGAUCACGCAGAAAUAUCUUCAAGGAGAUAUUACUGACUUUAAGAACAUGCUUGCUGCCUACAAGUCUACUAUCAACAUCGCUUUAGCAAAUGCGAAUCUACGUAUUGCUGCUUUAUCGCCCGAGGCACUUGAAGAUUACAAAGACAUGAUUUCGGACACCACAGACGACCUUGAGACCUAUCUUGCAGACGUACAGAAUAGGAUCGAUCGUCUCCAAGCCAGCGACAAAUCAGCCGUCAAAGAAAUGGCUUUAGAAUGGCAGGCAAUGCUAGAGGAGAAAGAGAAUGCCCAGCAAGGCCUCAAUAUGUGCGCUCAGUUGUCUGCACUUAUUGUUCAAGCCGAGUCAGCAUCAAAAGAGCCUGCCCAUUUUUCAGAGCGCCCAUCGACACACAAAUAUACCAAAACUACUUUGAGCGAUGCUAAAGCGAGUUUUAAAACUCUUGCAGAGAAUCUGAAGACGCAUGAGGCUCUUAUUGAUCGCCAGCUGCAAGCCAUGUCUCUGAACGAAACUUUGUCCGAGUCUGUCGCCGUCCAACUGGAUCUGCUCCAGCAGACAAAGGAGACCAUCAGCCAGUGUAUAAAAGUUGUAGGUGAAGCUGGUGAAGUAGCCAAUGAGCGAAGCAACGUAUUCGAAGACAUUACUUUAGCAGACAAUAGUUAUGCCUUCUCGGUCUCGACAGUUAAUGACCUUAUUACGGCUAGGGGACUCAAUCUCAAGGGACGUUCACGGCAUUUCGGCGGUCAAAUGACAGAUGAGACUGUGCAAAAGUCCAUGGAAGCCCUCACUCAGCUGGAUGCGGAGCAUUUGAGAUAUUUAAAAGAUGGCCAAGGUCAAUUCCAGGGCCCACCAGUCUAUUUUGAUAAACGCAAUUAG